AUGUCUGGUUCUCCUAGCACUGAACCAAGCAACCCUAACAGAGAAGAUCCUAUCGCUGACUCUGUGUAUACCUCACAUGCAAGAAGACCUAAAGAAACUGUAUCAGGCUUCUCCUCAGCCAUCGCUCUUGAAGAACGAACCAAAGAAGGUUCCGGGUAUGUUCACAAUGCCAUUGCCACUAUGGUGACUGGAAUACUGUCUGGUAAUCAUAAGGUCCUUGGGGUUUCCAUUCCCUUAAACACUAUUGAACCUGAUAGUGUUGCUUAUCAAGAAAAUAUUGAGUCUUUAGGAAAGAAUAUCUCCGAUGAUGUUGAGCAAACUGAUGCUCAUAAGGAGUCAAAUGUUGACAAACCCUUAGAUAAUGUGGCUGGUGAGGAAGUUCAUGUCACUUAUGAUGUCAGUAACAACCCUAACUGUGAGGCUGAAACAGUAGACCUGGAGGAAUUUUCUAAUAAUGAGUUGUUGUCCUCAGUCCUCCCUAGCAUAGCCAAAAGGGUUAGGACUAGGAGAGAAAAGAAAACAGUGGCUCAAAGGUCCCCCAGAAAGAAGAUUGAUGUUCCAACCUCUUCCAAGACAAAGGUGGCAGUCGGGAGUUCCCUCAAGAGGAAAGUUCAUGGUCCAACCAAAUCUUGGAGCAAAGGGGUGCCCAAGAAAAAGAAGACCAAGUCUGUUGUUGUUGAGUCUGACUUAGAUGCUCCAUGUGAUGUCCCUGACACUCUGUCAAAGAAGAAGCCAACCACUAGCAAGCUUGCAGCAAGUGUCCCUGAGGUACCAAUUGAUAACAUAUCUUUUCAUUUUGCUUCAAGUGUAAACAGGUGGAAAUAUGUUUAUCAGAAAAGGCUGGCUUUGGAAAGGGAAUUAGCUCAGAAUGUCCUAGACUAUAAGGAUAUUAUGGACCUUAUUCAAGAGGCUGGUUUAAUGAAGACUGUGACUCAGUUCUCAAAGUGCUAUGAGAUGUUGGUAAAGGAAUUUAUUGUCAAUUUUUCUGAAGAAUAUGCUGAUGGGAAGUCUAAGGAAUUCAGGAAAGUGUAUGUGCGAAGCAAGUGUGUAAAUUUCUCUCCCUCAGUGAUCAACAAGUAUUUGGGAAGGCCUGAUGUAGCUUAA